AUGCCAGGCGUCGAAGCUCGUCUGCUCUCUCACCCCCUCUAUGCUGUAACAAAUCGCCCUGAUAUAACUGCCGUCUCCACACACUCGUUCAAUUCUGUAGAAACUGCUCGCAAUCAGCUUCACCCAUUAAUAGGCCCUCGCUCAAUCGCGUCGUUUGCCUCCUUUACCGCAGCGGGUGGCCGCCUCAACUCCUCUAUAGUAGUUAGGGAUCCUCCGAGGGAGCGCUUAGCUGGUACAAGGGAAGAAACGCACAGCGAGCGAAUAUCUUCAGACUCUUCCGAUCAAGUUUCAGGGAAAUCACAAGUAAACUUGACGAGCAUCCCUAUUCCCGCAAGCACUGAAUUUUACGCACACCUUUACGACGAACACCCCCUUCACUCCCAAAGAACCCGCCUUUCUCCAUCCAAGUCUCUUCAAUACGGGGAGAAGAAGAUGGCGAAAAACCGCCGUUCCCUGUCAUCUAUUCUGGUGCCGUCUUUUCUUCAGCAAAUACCAGCGACCUCGCCACUCACCAGUCCAACUUCGUCUACCUUUGCUUCGAGGAUGCGGUCGCAGUCUUCGGCAUCUAGUUCAGUUAACCAUAGCGUAUCAAAUAAAGAUACAGGAUCGCGUUUAUCCACUACAAUUACGACUUCACGAGAUUCCCCGCCCCCAGAUUUCCUCCUUGACGAUGAUCCUUUUGCGUGUCUUGCUCCAGUUGAACCGGUUGCACAAAGGACUAUUCAACCUCAACCUCCUUCGGGCCUGGCCUCAUCUCCUCCUAACCCUCGUUCGCCUCUAAUGUCACCAAAGAAAGCCGUAGCCACAUGCCCACCCGCAGCAUCCUCAGGCAGCGCUGCACACCCAGGCCUCCCCCGUGCCUUUUCAGCCGCCCGUAUACAGCCCCGUCCAGCUAGCCAAAAGCCAGCGUUCGCCUCCCGACCUUCCUUACCUUCUCUACAUACUCUCUCUACUAUGAACGUAGUUCUCACGAAAAAGGUCCGCAAAGGCCGCGUUGGAGCCGGUCUUCCGUUUGAGCCUUGGGAUGAAGAGGAUCGAACGUCCAUCGCGAGAGUGUUGCAGGAUCCGACGUUCAGCAAUACUGAGUCCCUACCACCUGGGUCGCAGCCUUUGCUGCCAAGUCAAAUUUGCCCUGCGCCUGCCACCGAGGAACUUGGUUCUUCCCAAGGGUUCACAUCCCUUGGUGCCGCUCAUUAUGACGUGCCGCUGCCCAAACUUAGGGACGACAAUGUGUCGGCGCCCUUCACCGUUGGUUCGUCAUCAUUAUCGCCAUCAUCAUCUUUCAUUACCGCCGAUGUCGUAACGGGUUCCAAUCCCGGUUUGGACUUGGCAGAUUCUGCAAGUGAUCUUCCCAACACCGACCACAAUGAGGACGAGGACAUAAUUGAUUUGGACUAUCUCACCAACCUCCCGCUGGAUUUUGAUGUUGAGGUUGACGAUGGCAGUGCUUCCUCCUCCUCUUCAGUACUUUACACUCCGUAUUACACAACAUCCCGAAGUUCUUUUGAAGAGCAGAUUGCCUCUCCAUCGUCAUCUCGCUUCUCAUCCUCUGAUCUUUCUGCAUCCCUCUCGCGCUCCAUGUCUUCGACGUCGAAUUCCUCAUCAACGUCCUCCGCCUCCGGCUCUGAGGAGCGCAACUCGAACCCUCUUAUUAUGCGUCAUAGUGGUUCUCAUGCGCUUGAUCCUACCUUUCUCGAUGGAGACGAUAGCCCAGGAAUACUCACGCGCUCCUCCUCGGAAGACAGCGAUAUUCUCAACUCUCCGCCGGAUACCGACUAUUUCCAAUAUUUCCCCGCCCAUCGAUGGAUAGACCCGAGGCUCAGCAAAGAUGGUUUUCACUGUUAUUCGGAGCCCGAAAACAGCAAGGAUGCUCCGCUAGCUAUUUCACCUGGAAAUUUUCUAGUGCUCGACGAGGAAGGAUUGGAAUAUCAACCAGGCACAUCUGCUGAUACAGUCCGUGCAAGAUCGUUGCUUCCCUCAGCUUCAACGGAGGAGGCAGCAAAUUUUGCACAGCCUCCGCCACCUGACUCGCCGCGUGAUCGUGGAAGCAUUCAUGCGAAAGUGCAGGUUAAAAUGGCUGCGCGUGAAAUGGUUGAUGGAAGCAGUUGGGACUCGAACAGCAACCACCAUCAAGCUCAACAACAGCAACAGGACAUGUAUACCCAUGGAGCAAGCCUUUAUCAGCAACGGGAUACGCCGACCGGGUUUUAUCCAUCUAUGGCUUUCUCAAAACGGAUGGGUGGGCGUGACGACGACGACGACGAUAGGAGGGACGAAGACGGUAGCCGUCGCGGAGUAACCCACGGAGCCAGCUUAUUCGAUACUCCAUCUUCUUCGGAACCUACCACGUCGGAGGAUGAAGAGUCAACAGACGAUUACGCUCAAGACCCCGAACGGUCUUCCUCUACCACAGUUUCCCCUCGUGAGUUUCGUAUGCCUCGUAUGCUUAGGGGCUCGAGCUCAGACGACGACGACGUGCCCUUGGCGCAACGCAUUCCCACGGCCCUUACUGCCCAGCGGACGAUUAGAAGGCAGGUGAGGGAUGAGAGACAGCAGAAGCGGAAGGAUCGGGCUAUGAGACAAGAAGGCGAGGGGACAGAACGUCAGCCUCGUAGCAGGCAAAUAACGUUGAGGCCCGCUGGUGCUGGUGGUGGUAUCGUAGCGCCAGGCAUGGUCAUGUCGAGCUCUCAAGAAGCCGCGUUACAUGCUGCGACUACUGCUGGAUACCCUCCACGUCAGCAUGCGAUGGCUUCACACGGACGGCCAUUCUCGCCUGAUGCCCUUGCUAGGAAGCUGCAGAAUGUGCAAGGCGCUGAAUAUCAAUCUUCGCAGUUCGCCCCUUCGACUUCACACCCCUCAUUUCAGCAACCACAUGACAUUCCGUCCUUCGCAUCUCGAACAUCGUUAGAGACGUUUGACCCACCUGGUGCCCUGAGAGCAAGCAGGAGUCGGAGUUUGAGAGACCCACCACCUGCCUACUCGCCGCCGUCACACAAGUCGCCAUCCAGCCCCCCGCCGCCACCCCUUCGACCUAUGCGAUCUUUUCAUCGUGUUGAGCGAAGGACAUUCGAGGAGGAAGAUAGGCCACCACUUCCAGACGCUCCCGUGGCUCGAAGCAUGACUACCACUAGAGCGCGAAGUCGUAGUCGGGUUGAGGAACCCACCACGAUAACUCAACUUCAACGACAACGGUCGCAAUCCGUCGCUCGUGAUCGUAAACCACCUCCAAUGCCCCGUCUCAGCAUGGAUGACCAACACCAUCGCAGUCUAGCCAGAGCCUCACCCGCAGACCCCCCUCCCUCGCGAUCGUCAAAGACCCAGGCUGAUGCCCAGCGUACCUCGCGUCCAAGUACGAGUGCUGGACGAUUGCAAUCGCCCGGCCUUGCGUCCGCUUCGUCAAGCCCUACAGCUGUGGUGACGCAACAACGCAUCUUUGUUGGGGAUAUGCAGCGUUUCAAUAUGGUGGAGAUUACUGCCACUACGAAUGCAGGCAACGUCAUUGAGAUGAUCGAGGCGCAAGGUUCAUUACGUGGUUCGGCUGGGAAUGGUGGGUGGAUGCUCUGGGAGGUGGCACAGGAUUUCGGAAUGGAACGGCCUAUUCGAAGUUUCGAGCUUUUGUCAGACGUGCAAGCUUCUUGGAACAAGGACAAGAUGAUGAACACCUUCGUCGUCAGGUUAACUCCCUUUGCCAAACCUUUGAGUCUUGCUCGCAGAGACGAGGUGAUGCUGUGCUCAUUGUCGAACUUUGAUGCGUACCACUUCACUCGUGCCCAACGAGCUCCAAAACCUUUUGUGUUUGCCGUCAAGUCGACCGACAAGCUUUCAUUCUUCGAAAACACCGCUGACUACUUGCACAAGUUCUCAUGCAAGGAGGCGGAUGGCAAGAUCUGGAUGGAGAAGAUCCUCAUUGCUCGAAAAGACGACUCAUGA